CGUCUGCAGUGAUAUCACAACACUGCAAUAUGAGGACAGGCUCAUGUGACCGACACCCGUCUCCAUCCCUGGGCAGGGAGCAGGUGUAACUGGGGCGAAAAGGAGGCAUGGGGAAUAAAAGGAGGAGGAAGGAUGCCAGCUGAGCCCCUCAUCCCUCUGCAACCACUGCCAGCGUCAGACUAAAGAAAGACAGAAAAUGGCUCAGUCCGUGAGGAGGCCGGAAACUCUAGCAGCCAUGGACCAUGAGCCCCAGAGGGACAAGACCAGGACCAGCUACUUUGGCAACGUCAAGACCAGGCUGGGUUCCAAGCUUCCUCCUGGUGUCUCUCAGCCUCCACAGUUUGCUAAGCGGCCCUGGGAGACUCAACCUCAGGUGCGAGUGAUGCAGGAGCCUGCAGCCAGCGGCCAGCGUCAGCACCAACCCACCGCGGGCCGACCUCUCAACCACACACCCCACAUCAGAAACCCCAAACUGCGGCAGUACUACCUGCAAGGGACUUCAUUGGACCUUAACAAUACUGCAGUGAAGCAAGAGCAUAUGAGAGGACUGUCAGAUGACAGCACGAGCAGCGGGGGUCUCCCCGGGGACAGUGUGUUCAGCGUCUCAUCUCAGUUCAACGGUAACGGCACAUCUUCAGCAGAAGAGGGCAAAAUGGGUCACCGUCCCCCCAUUUGCACUUCAAAUGUACCCUCCUCGUCUGCUACCCUCGUCCCCAGAGAGCAGCUGGUCGUCCCGAAGGGAAAAAACACUUCCACCGGUCAAGGAUCGUCUCAACAAGAACUGGACUCAGACUCUGGUCCUAAACCCAAGCGAGAGGCGGAUCCAGAAUCCAGAGAAAAACUUGCUGCUCAACCUCACCCUCCCUCACCAGAAGCAGAAUAUGACAAACUACUGGAUGUGGAGGCGGUGCCCAUGCCUGAUGGACAGCUGUGCUUAUUGGCUCUGCCACCAGAGUGCUGUGUGGGGGAGGGACCAGAGGCCAUGCGGUACCUCAAACUGUUCUGCCGCUACAUCACAGACCGUAAGGGUGUAGUUUCAGGUAUCCUGCUGGUGACGUCUAACAAGAUCUUCUUUGACCCAUGCAAGACACAUGCUCUGGUGAAGGAGCAUGGCUGUGAGGAAUACCUCCUGUCCUGCUCUGUUGACAAUCUGGCAUCCGUCUCCUUCUUCUCUGACAUCUCACAUGUUCACUUCAACACGUCUCAGCAGAGGAGAAAAGGCAAGAAAAUUUUCCAGAAUUUGAAACCCGCCAAAAGCCAAGCAGGCGGCAUCCCAAAACCAAAGGGUGAGUCGCUCCCAGCUCCAGUGUCUGUGGCUGCAUCAGAUUUGUCUCGUCUGGCUCUGAGCCUGACCAAAGAGGUCACUGAGGAGGAGGAGGAGGAGGAGGAGGAGGCAGAGAGCAGAGACAUGGCGGCGGCUGAGGUGGAGCUUGAGAGCAGCCCUCUGGAGGUGCUGUCAGAGGCCGAAGGCGGCCUGGGAGUGGGUGUCCUGAGCAGCGCUGCCACCUUCUGCUGUGGAGGUCAGGAGGCGGUGAGUAAAGUGAAGACGGAGCUGCCUCACACUGAUGAAACUGGGAUGUCCUCUGUGAAGAGUCAGACUGCAGUGCCUCGGAGGUCGUCAGCAGGAAGUCCUGGGAGUCUGAUGUUUGUGCGGCUGCGGGUUCAGCCGUCUGCAGGAAAGAAAAAGGGUGCAGGAGGCCUUCAGCUGGGGUCGUCAAAGCCUUUACCUAGAAGGGAUGCCUGGCUGGCCCUUUCACAAGAGAGCUCUGAUGAGCUGUACGCCUACCUUACGCACUGUCGACCAGACUUGUGUAUACUUGAGGGAGGGGAGGAGGAGAGGGAUGCGGACCGGGACGAAGAGGAGUUUGUACUCAUUGAGGACAGAGAAGAGGAGGAAGAGGACGAGGAGGUGUUCCAGAGGCACCGCGGCUCGGGGGAAGACUGGGAGAUGGUGUUGAUGGAAGAGAAUGGGGAUAAGCCAACGCUGGUCAUCGAUAAGGACCCUGACGGACUCAAUGAUAUCGUAGAGAGCAGCCACAUUUUAGAGGCCUCACAUGUCAGAGAGCUAUGUAAGGAGCUUCCUCCGAGGACAGUUGGCCACAGCUGGCAGCUGACUUACAGUACGUCCCGUAACGGCACCAGCCUCAAGUCCCUCUACAGAAAACUCAGUGCCACAGACUCGCCUGUGCUUCUUGUCAUCAAGGAUGCACUCGAUGAGAUAUUCGGCGCUUUCCUCUCUCACCCUCUGAGGCCCAGUGAGACGUUUUACGGGACAGGAGAAACAUUCCUCUUCAUGUUACAUCCUCGCUUCAAGUGCUUCAGAUGGACUGGAGAAAACUCCUUUUUUAUUAAAGGAGACUUGGACUCCUUUGCUAUUGGGGGAGGCAGCGGUCACUUUGGUCUUUGGGUGGAUGAGAAUCUGUACCUGGGUCGCAGCAGCCCCUGCUACACGUUCAACAACUGCUGCCUCUCAGAAACCAACGACUUCCGAGUCAUGGAGCUGGAGGUGUGGACGUUCACCUGAAAAGG